AUGGGUCUCCGUUCGAGGGGCGCCUUGAGCCUCCUCUACAUCGCAAUAUGGCUCCUCCAGUUUAGUCAAACUUUGACAACAUCAAACAUCCGAGUGAAGCGGCAAAGUGGAACCGACAGCCUGCUAACGGUUGAAUGGGAAGGAAUUCAGACAGGCGAUCACGCCGAUUCGGAAGUCAAAGGGUUCCUCGUCGAGUAUCGCGCCGAGAAAUCCGGCGAAUGGCAACUCCAUCCGGGAAUCAUUCCCUACAAGGGACCCAAUCAUCAGUAUCGUGUGCAGAUACCGAAAUUGCCGACCGGCGUCUCGUACCUCGUGCGCAUCAAGGUCAUCGGCGAGAACAACGAGGUGCUCGUCGAGACGCCCGAAAUUCGCGCGCACAACGAGAUCGUCUCGAUCAAAUGCGAGAACGACGAGCUGACGUCGCCGCGUUAUCCGCAAGUCACCGAGGUCGCCCAAUACUCGUUGGCCAUCAAAUGGGACGCGCCCGAUUGCGGCUCGGUCGGCGAGUAUCAGGUCGAGCUCACCGGUGUCGACGCGCCGUUCGACGUCCACCGUCAGACGGUCACUCAGCCGCACGUCAGCGUCACCAAUCUGUUGCCGGGAACCUUCUACAGUGUCAAGGUUCGCGCCAGCGAUCGCAACCGCAACGUCGGACCAUGGAACUCGGAAGUGCUUGAGAUCAAGACGAAAGGAGAAGCCUUGGAGACGUCGAACGACAUUCAGCUAUUGUACAGAACCGAUUCGGAGCUUCGCGUCAGUUGGGAGCCGCUCGCCGAUCCAAGGAUUCAACACUACGAGGUGACCGCCGUCGAAUCCGGCGACGAUUCUCGUCGCGUCGAGCGCGCCCGCGUCGGACCCAACAUCCGCUCGUUCACGCUGACCGGCCUUCGCGCCAACACCAAAUACACGAUCGGUGUGAUCGCGUUCGUCGAUCACGAGCCGAAAAAGAUCUAUCGCAUCGAGGCGCACACGACGUCGGGCGGCAUCGAGAGUUGGGACGAGAAGCCGAUGGUCGUCGAUUCCGGCGAGAAGCAUUUCUCGGUUCAUUGGAAGCUGCCGCCGACGUCGAUCGAGGUCGCGAAAUUUGUGCUCGAAUACAAAUUGCCGAACGAGACGAGUUGGCGAAGCACCGAGCAGACCGGCGUCGCCGAGGGCUCCGGCGACUAUUCGGUGGCGCUAUCAAACAUGAACGUGCCGUUCUACACGGUGCGCAUUGUCGCCAUCGACGGACAAAACAAGGUCGUCGCGCGCACCGAUGAGAUGAACGUGGGAGAAGCUGCCGAAUCGUCGUGCGUCGGAACGGCGGGAGUCCCGCAAAACAUCGUCUCGAAAGUCAUCGAUCCGACAACGAUUCGCUUCGAAUGGCAAAUUCCGCAAUGCGACGAAUCGCUGGCGCCGAUCGACGGCUACGAGUACAUCAUCUACGAGCCAUCGCAGCCGGUGCCGAUCGACGGCGCCAAUUACAUCGGCUCGAAUUCGGUGACGAUCUCGAACCUUCGUCCCAACACGAACUACGUCUUCAAAGUGCGUUCGCGAUCGAUCAACGGACAUACGCAAUGGUCGAAAGACGUGACCAGCAGCAGCGGCGACGCCAACAUGAUUCCAAAAGGACGCGUUCGACGGCAGGCGAAGGACCAGAUUCGAGAUGAGCUUAACAUUUAUAAGUUGAGGAUUGUGCUCGCGCCGCCGAGCUCGUUCCUUGUCUGGACGCCGUUGGCGAUUCAUCGCGAUCACAUUCGCAAAUUCAAACUAGUCUAUAAGGAGAAGGGCGCCACGAAAUGGACGCGACUCAACAGCGGCGUCGAGCACUUCAGAUGUCCCGACGGCAUCGCCGAUCCGCAAGACUAUUGCUACGAGCUUCGCGGCUUCUUCUUCGGCGUCCACUACAUUAGCAGUAUCUCCUAUGAGCUAACCAACGGAAAAAUGCUACCCGCUAGCAAUCCAUUACAUUUUACCUUGGUUCAAUUAGACGGCGCCGUUCAGGAGAGCCGCGGUGUCACGAUAACGCAACCGCGAAUCGAGCAGACCGCUUCAAGAACCGUCGCCUAUUGGUCGGUGGUCGGCGAACGCGCGAAUCUCGCCGGCUACCAAAUCGACAUUCGCUCAUCGGAGGAUCGCGCGUGGCGCGAGACCGGCUCGCUAGUGCGCAACGAGCCGACGCAAACGCAUUAUCGCGUCGCGCUCGGCGCCCUCAAUCCGUCGACGACAUAUUUGGUGCGCGUUCGGGCGCUCGACGAGACGCACUCGACCGUCUCGACGUCGCCAUCGGCGAGUUUCGCCGUCGCGUGCCAAACGCCGUCGGCGCCGGAGAACGUGCGACUCGAGCGGCUCACCGAAACGACGGUUCGCGUCUCGUGGGACGCCGGCAUCGACGACGACGCGUGCCAAUCAUAUUUCUUCGUCACCGGCCAGCAGAAUGGCCGACCAAUCAAUGAACGAGUGCCGGGCACCGAUCGAAGUGUCGACAUCGUUGGAAGCGCCGACGGCGACUGGCGUGUUCAGGUGCGCGCCGUCAACAUGGCCGGCUCCGGAACACCAUCAAGAGACGCCGUCUUCGCCUCAUCGCAAGCUUCGAGACGCCAAAAGCGAAGCGUUUGCGAUCCGCGUACCGACUUCUGGUGCAAAGGCCAUUUCUCGAAUGCGCCGCUUCGCGAUUCGAAUGCCGAUGAAGCGCUCGUCACCGUUCCGCAGGUCACUUCGCGCGAUGACGAUCUCAUCGUGAAGUGGCGAAGCGAGGGCGACGGUCGCGGCGUCUUCGGAUAUCACGUUCAAUUCCGAUCCGAGCAAUCCGGCUGGAAGACGUACGGACAAUUGGUGCCAUAUGUCGGCGACAACAUGGAAUACACACAGACAUUGACCGGCUUGGAACGCGGUCACACCUACUUCAUUCAUAUUCAGGUUCUCGAUCGCAACUCGUAUGUCAUGUACACGUCCCCACAAUCAAACGCGAAGAGCAGCUGCACACCGCCGUCGCAUCCGCCGUCGCAUCUUCAAGUGCAGGCGCCCGACGCGAGUCACAUUCGCGUCUCAUGGGUGCUUCCGCCGCAAUCCACGUGGGGAUGCGCCGACAUUCAAUUCGAGAUUCAGGCCGACGAGCCGCGCGGUCAGCAGCCCGUCGUUCUCGGCAGCCAUCACACGUCGCACAUUUUCCAAGCGUCGCCGAAUCAGCCGUGGGCGGUCAAGAUACGCGCGAUCAACAGCGCCGGACACUCGCCGUGGACGCCGGCCGCACAGACGAGAACACCGCCAGGCGGCGAGCUCAUCAUCGGUCCCGAUGUUAGCUAUCGUCAAGGCAAUCCGAUCAUCUCAUGGAGAAGCAAGGAGAACACCAACGACAUCAUUGAAUCGUUUGUGCUCGAAUGGAAAUCGACGAGAGAGACGCAAUGGAGGCAGCAUCGCAAUCCGAUCCCAUACAAUGGAUGGCAGCGACCCUACUCGGUUGAUCUUGGCGAGCUUCCGAAGGGCCAUGUCUACGAAGUGAGAAUCACCGCCAAGGAUCCGAAUCGCGGAACCGCCUACACGUCUGCCAUCGUCAACGUGCAAACGCAGGCCGCGUGCAAGCCGCCGCGUCGCGCGCCGACCAACAUUCAAGUGUCGCCACUUGGACCCACCCAGAUUCGACUUCAAUGGGCGCCGCUUCACGAGACCGAAUGGAAUUGCGAUCGCGUUUGGUACAUUGUCAAGUACUCGACGGCCCGGAAUCAAGGAUUCAAGAAUCUCACCAACGGCGAGAAUUUCGUCGUCUUCGACUCGGAUCCCUACACGCAAUGGCACUUUGAGGUUCAGGCGGCGAAUCCCGCCGGCGAGACGCAAUGGUCGCGUCCCGAAUCCGCGCAGACGCAGGGCGUCGCUCCCGGAGCCGUCAGCAAUCUUCGCGUUCAGCCAGUCGGCUCCGACUCGCUUCAGUGCAGCUGGCAGCCACCGGCGAAUCCGAACAGCCGCGUCACACAAUACGAGGUCACCUAUCAGCUGAUCAGCCGCGGCAAUUGCGACAAUCAACAGGAAGCGCCACGAACAAUCACUGUCAACGGACCACACUUCACCAUCACUGGAUUGCAUCCGCACUCGAAGUAUCGCGUCGGUGUCGCGGCGAAAUCGAACGUCGGCGCCGGCGAGCGCGUCUCGCUUGAGAUCCAGACCGAUCAAGCGCCGCCAACCGGAGCGCCAAUCUAUCUUCGCGUUGAGGACCAACGACCCACCGAGGCCAGCAUCUCGUGGCAAGCGCCACCGUGCCUUCAGACGAACGGCGAGAUCACCGAGUACGAGUACGAGGUGACCGCUGCCGAUCGCCGACAAACCGUUCAGAAGACCACCGAGAACAUUCGCGGAACUCGCGCGCGCAUCUCCAACCUUCAGCCGGCGACACGCUACAGUGUCAAAGUGCGAGCGUACACCGCGCGAGGACCUGGCCCAUGGUCGGCUGAGGUGCCGUUCCAGACGACCGCCGGAGAGAACAACCACGCGCCAGGAUUCGUCAAGGUCCUUCACACCGGCGCCGACAGCGCGCAACUCGUCUGGCAAUCGCCGUACCCGAAUCCCGGAUACGUGGACAAGUACAAGUGCCGCUACGCGCCGACCGGAACCCAACAGUACCAGGAGAGACAGUUCCCAGCGGUCUCGCCGUGCCAGCAGCGACAGAUCGAGCGCCAGAAUUUGCCGCCAACACCGCCGGGCGCGCGCCUUCAUUGCGGCCGCAUCGAGAAUCUCAAGCCGGAGAGCUCGUACGAUUUCGAGGUCUCCGCUCACGUCAAAGACGCCGGAUGGGGUCCGUACUCGCCGCCCGAACGCACCAAGAUCACCGACAGCGCCGUUCAGGUGCUCUACGUUCGCAAAAUCGGCGGCACCGAGAACUCGUUGACCGUCAAUUGGGACGUUCGUCCCGACGAUCGCAAUCGCGUCACCGCGUUCCGAUUGGUGGUGACACCGCAGGACGGAUCGCAACGAUCGCAGACCUACAAUGUGGAUCGUGCGACUUAUCAAUACCGAAUCGACAACUUGAGACCGCGAACAUCCUACAAUGUGACAGUGUCGGCAGCGACGCACAAGGAAAUGUGCGGAGGCACCAGCGCCAUCAUGACAACGGAUGCCGCCGCUCUCACCGCGCUCGCUCUUGCGCCAAGAGUCAUCGCCGAAGAGCCAACGUCGAUCACCAUUGAGUGGGAGAGCCGUAGCCGCGAAGCCGGUGGAUUCAUCGUCGAGUAUCGAGUUGAAGGAAGAGCGUGGCAGCAGCAUCCGAGACGCGUGCCGGCGCAUCCGUCGCAGACCACCUACACCGCCACCGUCGACAAUCUGCCGACGAACGCCGUUGUCGAUCUUCGCGUUCGCGUCGUUUCGCAACUCAACGAGCAGUCGAAUCCGUCGCCGGAAGUUCGCGCGCGAACCAAAUGCUCGCCGCCAACGUCGCCACCGGAAGGCGUUCGUCUCGACGCGCCAACCACCAACGAGGUUCGCGUCGCGUGGGCGCGUCCCGCCAAAAACACGUGGAUGUGCGAUCAGAUGAGCGUCGAGAUCUCGUAUCGCGUCGGCAAUCAGCCGGAGAAGAUUCUCACCGUGCCCGGCGAUCAAACCGAGUACACGUUCCCAGCGGAGCCGAAUCAGCGAUGGAUUGUGAAGCUGAGAGCGACGAAUCAAGUCGGAUCGAGUCAAUGGUCGCAGGAGCAGACGAUCACGACGCGUCAAGGCGCGCCGGGAUUCGUGAGGGAUUUGCGCGUCAAGGCGCUCUCGCCCAACGAGGUGCACGUCCAAUGGCUGGCGCCGCUCGUUCAACGCGGCACCAUCGUCGGCUACGACAUCUCCUACCGAUUGAAGCACCGUCUCGCGUGUCCCGAAGAGGAGCCGAGAGACGUGAGCCGCGAUUUCGUCACCGUCUACAAUCACAAGGAUCUCGAUUACACCAUCACCGGACUUCUGCCCUACUCGCUGUAUGAGGUUCGCGUGCGCGCACGGACCACCGAGCUCGGACCCGAAGAGACGAAAGAAGUGUCCACCGAGCAGCAGCCGCCGUCGUCGCCGCCGCUCAAUCUCGAAUCGACGUACGCUUUGGAACGAUCGCUGUCAUUCCAAUGGGAGCCUGUCGAUUGCUCGCAGCGACACGGCCACAUCGUCAACUACGAGUAUGAGAUUCUUGGACAAGAUGAUUGGGCGAAGCUUGAACGUCAGAUCGCGAACACCUCCGACUUGCGUGUCACCAUCGAUGGCCUCACCCCGUACACCAAGUACGUGAUGCGAGUGAAAGCCUACAACUCGAUCGGCGGUGGUCCGAACACCGAGAAUCUCGUCGUGAUGACCGCCAAAGCCAACGCGCCACUUCCACCACAGGAUCUCGUGGUGGCGCAAGAGGGAACCGACUUCUUCAUGGUCUCAUGGCUGCCACCAUACCCACCAUACGGACCACACGACGCCUACAAGAUUCGCUACCAACAAAUCCCAUCGGAGAAUUGGGUCGAGAUCGAGAAGGGCAUCAAGGAUCCAGCUCUCAAGUGCCCCGGCGAGAGCCCGCGAUUCUGCUUCAACGCCACCGGCCUUGAAUCGGGACAACAGUUCAAGGUUCAGGUCAGCACAAGAAUCGAGGGAGGAAGCUACGGACCGUGGUCAUCGCUGGUGAUCGCCAAUACCCUUCAAGUCCUUCCGGAUGCUCCGAGAGCGAUUCACUUGAUUGAGAAGACCGAUCACUCGCUUCACAUCAGAUGGGUGCCACCGAUUGAUCCGAAGGGUCAUAUCACGCAGUACCGCGUGUCGAUUCAAAGCCUUGACGAUGUCAAUGAUAAGAAGCGCACAUUCCUUGUCAACCACCCAACCCUCACCUAUCUAUUCGACGACUUGAAUCCAGAGACGUCCUACAACAUCUCGAUUGCCGCUGGAACGAAGCAAGGAUUCGGAAGAGAGAUCUGGACAAGAUACACCACCGAUCCAUUCCACAUCCCAAUCGUCGGCACCAUGCCGCACGUCACACCCGACGGCUCGAACGCUCUUGACGUCGAAUGGAAUGCCGUUGUUGAUCCGAAGAAUCGAGUCAAAGGAUACAUCAUUGAGAUUCGCAAUGCGGACACACCAGUCUGGCAGGAGAUCGGUGGAAUCGUGAAUCAUGACUCGGUGAAGCGCACUUACUUCAAGAAGCUCACUGGCCUCGACUCGGACACGUUGUACUUCAUCCGAAUCAAGGUCGUCGAUCAUCGCCAGCGUGUCGGCGAGCCAUCGCCCGAAGCUCAGGCGCGCACCGGAUGCGCCGCGCCAAUCUCGCCGCCAACAAAUCUCAAUCUCGCGUCGCCGACGAACGUCCAAGUGCGCGUCUCAUGGCAAGCGCCAAGCCAGAACUCGUGGAAGUGUUCGGCGAUUCGCUACAAACUCGAGUACGUCAAUGGCACAGAGUCGCGCAAACAGAUCGACUUGCCAUCGUCGAGCAUCGAGCAUCUGUUCGACUCGAAGUCGAACACGCGAUGGACGGUGAGAAUCAGAACCGAGAACGAUGCCGGCGCGUCGGAAUGGAGCAAGGAGUUGGAGAUCACCACCGGCGAGGGAGCGCCUGGCGCCAUUGAUGACUUGAAGGCCAAACCGACUGGUCCGACAACCAUCGACGUCACAUGGAAGCCGCCAAGAGAUCCGAAUGGUGUCAUCACCGGCUACACCCUCGUCUACAAGCUCAAGUCAAUUGGUGAAUGUGGGCCGAGAAGCUCGACACCAAUCGAGAAGCACGUCCGAAACGAGCAUCAGACACUCGAGGGUCUCCUUCCCGACUCGACUUAUGAGAUUCACGUGAUCGCGCACACCAGCCUCGCUGGACCACAAUCGUCAGUGGUGACCGUCACCACCGACGAGGCGGCACCAUCGGGACCGCCGCAGAACGUCAGAGUUGGAUCGAUCACGUCGACGCGUGCCGACGCCACGUGGAGUCAGCCGGAAUGCGAGCAGCGCAACGGAAAAAUCACCAACUACGAGUACGAGCUGGCCAGCAUGGACUCAUGGGCCGAGAACACCACCGGGCACAAUCCGACCGAGCGGCUCACCCUCGAUCAAUUGGUGCCGUUCACUCAAUACCAAAUUCGCGUGAGAGCCAUCAACAACGAAGGCGAGGGUCCAUUCUCGGAAUGGGUGCCGUUCACCACACAAUCCACCAAUCCACCAGCGCCAACCGAUCUUCAAGAGGAGGGCACGUUCCCGCACGCGAUUGAGAUCUCAUGGCUGCCGCCAAGUCCGCCGCACGGCGUCGUCGACUUCUACAAAGUUCGGUACACGCCGAGCAGCGAGGCCAACUUCCGAGAGAUUCGCGUCGAGACCGAACGACUGGAGUGCUCCGAUUCCUCGAAAAAAGAUCGAUUGUGCUUCAGAUUGAGCGAUUUGGAGCCCGAGCAAGAGUACGAUAUUCAGGUGUCGGCGCACACCGAAGGCGGCGGCUGGUCGGACUGGUCCGACGAGCUCACGUCGAGAACCCAGCAGCAGAACAUUCCGGUGCUCGAGCGCGAGCUUGAGGUCACCGACAAGACGUCGAGCUCGAUCUCGCUGAAAUGGGAAGGAUUGACGCAAGAUCAGGCGGCGCAUGUCGUCGGCUACGUGCUCGAGUUCAAAUCGGAAGAGGACAACGCCGAAUGGCAAGAGUACAACGGCGUCGUGAAGCAUCGAAAGAGCGGCAGCGGCGAUUACAAGAUUACCGUCAAGGGUUUGGAGACGGCCACAUUGUACUUCUUCAGACUUCGCGUCGCUGGCAAGAACGACAAGCGAGGCGCGCCGGGACCCGAAACCAAAGAGACGACGUCGUGCGGAAGACCGGAACAGCCGCCGUCGGGAUUGAAAUUGGAAUCGCUUGACUUCGAGACGCUUAAAAUCACGUGGAAUCCGCCGGAUGAGGAGACGUGGAGAUGCGACGACGUCGAGUACCUCAUCAGCUUCGUCAACACCACCUCCAACGGCAACUGGACCAUCUCGACCGAUGCGCCCAGCGAGCUCAUCGUUCCAACGCAGCCGGGAACCAAGUGGGAUGUCAAGAUUCGCACGCAGACCGUCGAGGACAAACCGCAAUCGAGUCGAUGGAGCGACAGAGUCAGCAUCACGACGCAAUCGUUGCCGGGAGAGAUUUUCGUCACCGUCGAGCCGAAGGGACCACGAGAGGCGCUGAUCACAUGGGAUUUGCCGGACAAGGAUCAAAAGUGGAACUAUGGUGUCGACAUCACCUAUCGAUUGAAGCAGCUCGGCGGUUGCUCGGAAUCGUUGACCGGCGCUCAGGAGCCCGUCACGAUGCUCAACGUGCAGGAGAAGCAGAUACCCAUCGAGAAUUUGCAGCCCGGAUCGCUCUACGAGGUCGUCGUCACCCCACGUCGGCCGCCAUCGUUGAAGUCGUCGAUUGUGACACCGAAGACGGUGCGAACGUUCAAGACGAAAAACGACGUGCCGAGCGGCGCGCCGCAAAAUCUCCAAUCCACCGUCAGAAAAGACACCGAGCUCGGAUUCAAGUGGGAGGCGCCGAUUUGCGCCGAGCAGAACGGCAACAUCACGCAGUACGAGUUCGAGCUUGUCGGUUUGGACGAAUGGAACGAGGGCACUCGCGAGGGUGUCACACCGCGUCUCACUACUUCCAUCGAUCAGCUACAACCGGGAAGCUUGUACCGCAUUCGUGUGCGCGCCUACACCGCCGAAGGACCGGGACCAUGGUCGGACUCGUUGGAAGUGAGAACGACGGGCUCGGAGCUCGGCCCACCGCGCGAGCUCACCGCCGUUCAGACGAAGGCCACGCAGAUUCAGCUCACUUGGCUUCCACCGUAUCCGGAGAAGGCGAUCGUCACCGCGUACCGCAUUCGCUAUAGUCCGCGAGCCGACGACUCGAAUCCGACCGAAGUCGAGAUAUCCGGCGACGAGCUCUCGUGCAGCGGCUACAAAUCGCCGAUAUUGACCACCGACAAUCUAUGCACAACGAUCAAAGGUCUUCUACCAUCGACGACCUACCGAUUCGCUGUUCAAGGACAAUCGGCGUCGGGCAACUGGGGCGAAUGGUCGUCGGACUACUUCUCGACGACGCGAAAGGAUGACAACGAGAUGCUCGGCGGAAGUCUCAAGCUUCUCUCCGCCGGUCACGACAACAUCAAAGUCAAGUGGACACCGCCAGCGGUCAUCGGCGAGAAGAUCGACACCUACGAUUUGUUCAUCUCCGUCGCCACCGAGCUCGAUCAGAAUCCGAAGAAGUUCGAGGUGUCGGGACACACCACCGAUUAUCACUUCCGCGAUUUGGACUCCGUCACCCAGUACAACGUCACCGUUCAGGGAAAAUCUGAAGGCAAUCGCCUUUGGUUCAUUUCGUCAGUGUUCGCCACCACAGAUUUCGCCGAGGGUCUUCUUUCGUGGCUCGGACCACCCACCGACCUUCAUCUUAUUGAGAAAUCCGAUACCAUGCUUCACGUCGACUGGGUCCCACCAGAAAUCUUCGAUCCCGAGCAGAGAGAGCUCAUCACUCAUCACAGAAUCACCAUUGCUCCAUUCGAUCCAAGAACUGGAAAAACGGGAAGCCCGAAGAACUACACGGUGCCGUAUCCAGGAAACUCGAUCAAAUUCGAGGGUCUCAUGCCGGAGACGAUCUACAACAUCACCGUCCAAGCGGGCACCAAUUCCGGCUACGGUCACAUCCUCUGGGGAACCUACAGCACUCUGGCGCCUGGACAACGACACAUUCUGCGAUUGCUCAACAGAACGCCGACGACAUUGUCGGUUGCUUGGGAGCCCGUCUGGGGUCGCGGACAUUCGGGAUACACGCUGACCGCGCGAACACUCUACUCGGUGUACGGCAACGUUCGCCUCCAUCAGAUCAAGACGUUCGACGUCGAAGCGACCGAGACCGAGUUUGUGAUACGCGGAUUGCAUCCGAGCACCGUUUACAACGUCACGCUGACGCCGAAGGAUCACAACGAGGUGGCUUGGGGCGCGUACGCAACACUACCACCCGGCUGGUUCAUGGUCAAGAAUCUCAAACAGUGCGACAAGACCGAUUUCGCCGUGUCGAUGUCGUGGGAGCCCGUCGAGUUGAACAUGGCCACCGACUACCAAGUGCGCUACUUGAGAUUGAAGGAGCAUGACGGAGUGUGGAACGAGGAGGAAGCGCGACCGGCCAAAGAGCUUCUCUGCCCGAAAGACGGUUGUGGAAGGAUGUGCUAUUUGGUGUUCAAUCUUCCCCACAAUCCAUCGGAAUACGUGUUCCAGGUGCGCGCCAAGGUCGACGGCGAAUGGAAUCACUGGAAGUCGGCGCCGCGCAAGGUGACGAGCCGCGAGCCGGCCAACAUCCGCCGCGGCUGCUGCAUCGUCCCGCCGCCCUACUUCGUCGACAACAUCGGCGCGCCGAACACCUAUUGGGAGGUCGACGUGAAUCCGGCAGCCACCGACAACAACGUGACGCGCUACUACGUCGUCGUCGAUGAGCGCGAUCCGCCCGGCGACACCAAUUGGACCGAGCUCACCGACAAGGUGACGGCCAAUCGUUUGAAGAUACCCUACUACGUCGCCGCCUCGUUCAAUCUCGAAACGCUUCCCGAACCGCGAAAGGUGCGCAUCGGCGACGGCACCGUCAUCGGCGGCUAUCUCAACUAUCCGCUGACGAAAGGAAAGAAGUAUAACUACGAGGUGUACACGAUCUGGAAUGUCACCGGCGCGCCGCUCGUCGGAAGGCUUCGCGCGUCGCCGUAUCUGACGACCGGUUGGCCUUGGUGGUGGCUUCUGCUGCCGCUUCUCGCCCUUCUCCUACUCAUCCUUCUGUGCUGCUGCCUUCUAUGGUGCCUGCAACGCCGUUUCCGCGCGCGAAAAGAGCAAAAUCGCUAUGUGUCGAACAAUCAGCGAAUGCCGCUUCUCGAGGAGAACAAGGCGGGAAUGAACGAGAAUCUUCGACAUUUGGAGCAACGAUUGGACAACAUGAGGAGCACGAUCGACGGCCGCUCGCGCGGCGACUUCGAGGACGGCUACAUGAAGGGCUACAAGGAUGCGAACAAGUUGACGAGCGCGUCGGCGGCGAGGCGACGACUCGAUGAUGAUUAUGGCGGACGCGAUGAUCGAUUCCAUGAGGGCUACGCCAAAGGAUUGAAGGACGCCGGAAUGACGGGAAUGUCGACGUCGAUGCGAAAUUUGGCGCAACGCGGCACCAGCGCCGGCUAUUCGGCCGGCUUCGUGCAGGGCUACAAAGACGGCAAUUCGGGCGUGUUCGGCGACCGCGUGACACCGUCGCUGCUCUCGCGUCUCGACGAGCAAUACGCCGGACAGGAGGAGUUCAAGCAGGGCUACGUCGACGGCUUCAAAGAGGGCGCGUCGAGUCGCGUCGGCGACAAACAGCGUUUCGAGGACUCGCGACGCAUUCAGCAAUCGCUCACCGAGCUCACCGAACGCCUACAAUCGUUGGAGAAGACGAAAGGCGACGAGAUCCAUUCGACGAAAAUCUAUCACGUCUACAAUCAGCAGCCCGAAGGCGCCGCGUUCUCGUCGACCGGCGCCCAAUUGGCGCAAGAGCUCGAGGAGAUCGGAAGCACGUCGCGACGAAGCACCUUAAGAAGACAUUACACGCCGGGAGAUUACUUGAAGCAUGAUGCUGAGGAAGGCUACAACUCGCUGAGCCGAAACAGAAGAUCGCUUUCAGCAUCAGCACUAGCUGCUAAUCGAGAAGCAAUGCAUCAAUCAUCAUCGUACCUUCAAACCGGCGGCACACUGAGCCGCUCGCGCCAUCACAUGUCGCACGCCGGCUCGUCGUACCUCUCGCGCGCCGCUCAAGAAGCGUCGGCGACGGGAACCGACACCUACGCGAAACGCUACAACUAUCGAUCGCGAAGCGACGUCGGCAGCCCGCGACGCUACGCGAGUCAGACGCUUCUCGACGGCUCGCGUCCGGGACCAUCGACGCCGCACGCGCGACGCGACGCGCUUCAGACACUCCAGAAGGAGCUCGACACGCUGAGCCGAAGUCCCGAUGUGCGCGGCGCGACGCCGAGAACCGCCGCCGGCUACACGUCCGACACCAACGCCUAUGACACUGUGCGAUCCAAGGCGAGAGGAUACUCGAAUUAUGAUUAUGAUACUUAUCAAUCAUCGUCGACGCGCAAUGUGCAACACGAGGGCUCGACGUCGGCGGCGACGGCUUCUGGAGCCGCGGCGACGACCGCCAAGGUUCCAUAUCCGACGACGAAAAACGAUUCAUCCGGAAAAUGGGCCGACGAGCUGAUCGAUAUCGUUUCGGAGCCAUUUGAUCGUACCAUUGAACGUCUGAAGAAGUUCUCGACAUCAACUAAAAGCGGCGGCCAAUCCGGUGGCGAGGUAGUUGAGGAGAAAUACCAUCGAAGCUACAAGGAGGAGCACUCAUCGGGCCGCUAA